AUGGGGAGAUCGACGACGUCGACGGCGGCCAAGGAUGCCCAGGACCUGUUUCAUUCUCUUCGUACCGCCUACGCGGCCACUCCAACCAAUCUCAAGAUCAUCGAUCUCUACAUUGUCUUUGCAGUCGUCACUGCUGUGAUUCAGGUCCUUUACAUGGCCAUUGUUGGAUCAUUCCCUUUCAACUCCUUUCUUUCGGGGGUACUUUCUUGUGUAGGGACUGCUGUUCUUGCUGUUUGCCUUCGGAUUCAAGUAAACAAAGAAAACAAGGAAUUCAAGGAUUUACCUCCAGAACGUGCUUUUGCAGAUUUUGUCCUCUGCAAUUUGGUACUUCACUUGGUUAUCAUGAACUUCCUAGGAUAA